GUGGGGAGGGAUUUACUAGCAGCUGAUAGCGAACAUAGUUUAAUCUUGUAAAAUAACUUAAUUAUGAAUUCCAUUUGAAACUAAUAUUAUUAUUUGUCAUAUUUUUAUCGGAACCUUUCAACAGUGAACAUCAACUUUCAAUGAGUGAACAUCUAAAUACUGAAAUCAUUGUAUAUAUUAUCACAUUCAGAAGGCAGAACUGGCAGAAGCUGAGAAGCACAUUUUUGUUUUUGAGGUUAUACAUUGUAAAUAUUGAAAAAGGUAACGAGCUUGAAGCUGUAACAUCGUGGAUUUUUGCUGUUCUUUGUUUACCUGUAUUGUUAAUUUAAUUAAAUUUUGUAUCAUACUGCCAAUAUUCUUUAACUCUAUUGAGUAUUGAUUGAAUUUAGUUAUUGCAUCAGAUGCAACGUAGCAUCAUGGUUGCGGCAAUCCAAAAGUUGAAAGAAUAGUAUGAAGACAAGGUAUUUACUCAGUCUUCUCAAAGUAUAACCGCACUUUAUCUAAUAAGUAUUAUUUAGUUAAGGUAGUGAGUGUAAAGAGAACCUUAUCCCUCUCAAUUUUUUCAAUUAUACUACUUGAAACGUCAAAAAUGGCUGAAAAUAAAUUAAGGAUCCUAUGUCUACAUGGAUACAGACAGAACAAAAACGUGUUCAGAGAAAAACUUGGGCAGUUUCGAAAAAACCUGAAAAACCAUGCUGAGUUCCAUUUUAUCGAUGCUCCUCACGAAGUUAAAGAUAGCUUUGGAGCAAAUCAGUCAGAUGAGAGAAGUUGGUGGUUUACCAGUGAAGAUAAUACUUACCAAUCGAAAAUAAAAACUGACUUCUGUAUUGGAUUGGAAGACAGCAUAGCACUUGUUCAAAAGACAUUUGCGAAUGAAGGUCCAUUUGAUGGUAUCUUGGGAUUCUCUCAAGGAGCAGCUUUCACUGCUAUCAUUUGCGGCCUCCUCACGAAGAAAGCUCUUGAUUUCGAAUUGAAAUUCGUAAUGAUUGUGGCAGGAUUCAAGUCGUUAUAUGAUGGACAUGCUGAGCUUUACGAACAGCAAAUAAAUAUUGCAUCGUUACAUGUAAUUGGUGGCGGUGAUGAGGUUAUCAGUCAAGGUUAUUCCAUCGUGAAGGCGGACAAAUUGUACCGUCUCAACAACUUCGCUGGAGAACGCUUCUUGGUGGAGUGCUUAGGACACAUUCAGAAAAUGAGAGGUUCGGCUACUCUCGGAUGAACUCGUGAAACUUGGUUCAAACAGGAUUGUGAACCAAAUUCGUGCUAGCAAACCGAUUCCCCUCCUCCGUUCCACUACCUCCCCCAGCCAUGUUUUCUGGUUCAGAUUGGGGAAUGAACACGACUGCUUCCUACCACCACCCGUCUCGUCAAGCCAUUUGGUGCUGUUUCAAGCAAGCCACUCCGGCACCGGCCGCAAAACAUCGACGUCAAGUUUACAUUGAUGAAAAAUGUUGUGAUAUAAUUUAAUGAGUAUAAAAUAAAAAUAUAAUUAUAUGAGUUGCAAAUUUAUCAUUCUAUAAGAGUUGGUUCAAUCCUGGGGGUUCAAUGAACCAUUGAACACAUAGGACGAGCCGCCACUGCAUCUAGGACAACACAUUCAAAUUCACAGUAGAAUAAAAGUUUACGUAUACAAAGGGUGUAUGAUAUGUAUAAUUGUCAAUGGAUAAAAAUCACCAAUAAUAAUACAUAAGAACAAAGUUUGACAAAAACUGUCUGCCUAAAAACAUCUUAUAAAUACCGAAACAACACAAGUCAACACCAGAGAUAGUCAUUGCUACAAAAUUGGACAGCAUCAGUCCUAUGCUGUAUCCAUUUCCUGCAUUGUUCUAGAGCCUUCCAAGGUGACAUGUGUCAACAAUGCAGGAAAUGGAUACAAAAAAAUGUACAAAUGUUGUGCAAAUACAACUAAAAGACAAAAACUAGAAC